CCGCCGCCCGUAAAAUGGUCACCUCGGCCGGACAGCUCGCCCUGUUUGCGCUGGGUCUUCUGUUGGCUGUGUGUCAGGCCCUGGAGAACUCGACAUCCGCCCUGAGUGCAAAUCCACCCAUGGCCGCCGCUGUGGUGUCCUAUUUUAAUGACUGCCCGGAUUCCCACAGUCAGUUCUGCUUCCAUGGAACCUGCAGGUUUUUGGUGCAGGAGGACAAGCCAGCAUGUGUCUGCCAUUCUGGGUAUGUCGGAGCGCGCUGUGAGCACGCGGACCUCCUGGCCGUGGUGGCCGCCAGCCAGAAGAAGCAGGCCAUCACCGCCUUAGUGGUGGUUUCCGUCGUGGCCCUGGCUGGCCUCAUCAUCACGUGUGUGCUGAUACACUGCUGCCAGGUCCGAAAACACUGUGAGUGGUGCCGGGCCCUCAUCUGCCGACACGAGAAGCCCAGUGCCCUCCUGAAAGGAAGGACCGCUUGCUGCCACUCAGAAACAGUGGUCUGAAGAGCCUCGAGGAGUUGGGCCAGGUGGACCGCGGCAGCCUGAUGAAGAAAGGACGGCUUCGGGACGGCCAGCAAGGGAUGCCUGGGGCGUGCCGGCAGACCUCCCUCCCCUGCCGGGGAGCACCCGCGCGGCCUCUGUCUUCUGUGGGCCUUCCUUCAAAACUCUGUCAGGAACUCUGUCUGCUUAGGGUUAUUCAGUGUGACCUAGAAAAGAAAUUGGUGGAUCACCAAUUUCUGGUCAAGACAGAACUACAAGGGGCGGACUUCCCGUUUACCUGUAUAAAGUGUGUGCGUCAGUCAGCGUCAGUCCAGGUGUAGUUGUCUUCUACUGUUCACGGAGGCCGGGCUGUGUUUCUUUCAAUGGGCCCACAACAGCAUGCAUCCGGCCCAACACUGGAGAUUCUGUCGUCGUUUCAGUGUUUUCUCAUCCACUUGCCGGGGAAGAAGGUGGAGAAAGGGGAACUGCUUGUUGUUAUGUGAGGCCGCCACGUUAAAGAAGAGCCGUGUCUGUUCUCUGUCCACGAGACCCUCAACCAGCCCAGCGUCUUCCAGAGACACGCAGUGCUGAGGACCUUCCCAAGUCGCCACCACCCUUGGAGAUAAUUUCUUAUUUAUUAGCUGGAUGAUAGUUUUCUUUUUAAUCUCUUAAGUCCAUGUAAAAAGCAUAAAACUUUUUUAGACUUCUACAUUAAUGAUGGAUGUAUUGCUGGCUGCAAAGUUAUACUGAUUAAAAAUGGCCUCUUUGGGACAGCUAAGGCUUUGGAAAAGCCACCCAGCAGGGUCAGAGAUGGAAGCAGAGGUUGAGCUGCUGAUGGAGCAAAGAUUGGAGUUCAGACGCUGUGCCAUUUAAGACACAAAGCAGGUAAAUGCCCCCAGAUACAUUCUGGUGGAAAAGUUAAGCCAAUCCAGCAGCAUAGACUUGUCACCUCUGCCAGGGGAGAGAGAAGGAAAGUGCCUGUGUGUGUGUCUACACGGGUUAAACACAAUACUUGCUACCCUGCUCCAUGAUUAAACAUAUUAACUUCCCAGUGGGCCCUCUGAGAGCCACGGCAUUUGGGGCCACACCCAUGAAAGGGGGAUUGGUUGUUUGUUUUCCAUUUUGUCACUUGGUCGAUUUGUUACUUCAUUUGUAAAAGGAGAAAUUUAAGUUUCCUGUUUAUUGUCAAGCAUAAGGAAAAAUGUGCCAGUAAUUUUUUGUUUUUCAUUUGGGAUGCUGGUUUUAUUAACAAAAACCCUAACAAGUCAUCUCCACCAUGAGGGUCUCGCCUGCCCAUCAGAGACGGGAGGACUAGUUCUCCUGGGCAUUAGGGUACAUUCUGACCCACUGGCCUGCCCGUGGGAAGCAUUGCUUCCCUCCACUAAACAGAGGGGAGCUCAUCCCUAGGAAUUUUCAUUAAAAUUUGGGAACAGAAUAGCAAUGAAAUAAUAUAUAAACUCCUUAUGUGAGGGAUGUCUCCUUCACUGAUAUUUGGAAAAAUGAAAGAUUUCUACCUAUUUAACCCUUCAGUGCACUGAACUCCUCACAUCGUGAAAGUAACCUUUACUAUAUGUCAAGUUGGCUUGAAAUUUCUACCAGUUAACGUUGUCCUCUAAUUCUUCCCCAGUCUGUCUAUUUCAAUGAAAGUUCUCUCCCUUUCUUACAGCUGAGACAAUUAUAUGACCCGUGUCUUAACUUCGGCACUUUUAUUGAACCAUGACACACCCGAAGCACUGAGAGCAGAAAUGGGACCUGGUCACCAGUUGGCCCCCUAACCAUGUCCUUGACACCGCUCCCAGGUUUUAAUUACAAAAGGAAAUGGGUUUAAGUUUACAUUCCUUGGGCCAGUCCUAUAACAACAGAUAUGUGGGCUGAGGCUGAUGUGUGUAGCCUCUCGCUCAGGGACCAGGCCAGCUGAUGCCGACUUACAGACCCUGUGCCCUCACCUCCUUCGGCCUCUGACGUCUGAGAUUCCAGUGCAGAGAGACUAAUGAAGGAGGAGCAGUGUCACUUGUUAGCUUGAGGUCCCAUUUUUCCUUUAGGACAAUCUUUCCUCGGUCUUUUAGAGACUCUGAGGUCUGAUUGCCUUUAAAGAGUAUGGAGUGAUGUGAAAUGUUUGUGGGCUUUCUUCACCUAAUGAACGGAAGGAUCAGUGUCCAGCCUUGAGGCUUCCUUUGCAGAGCUGUGAGAAGACCCGGAUGGAAGCAGAGGGAACCUUCUUGGUUCCCUGUGGGGCCUUGGGGUUUAGUGUCUGUGAAGCUCUGGUCCUGGGGUCCAACAAGUCGCAGCUGCCAGCGCCCCCUUCCUCGUGCCCGCACAGCCCUGCAGUGAACAGGCUGGACUGUGGGCUCCCUAGACGUGCCCCUCGGUCGGUCCUCUGUAAACCAGGUCUGAAAAGAGUUGGAAGCAGAGUCUGGGGUGAAGGCAGGCCGGGUCAGAUCUCUGUCCACACCCAGGAUAUGACACAGCCUUGCUUCAUUAGUGAUUUCUAGAAAUCAGAUGGCCAACAAGCUUUGGAUUGCUAAGCCAUUUUAUGGCAUUAAUACUUCUUUGGUUAAUUGUAAAAUGCCCCCCUUUCAGGAUGCAAAUGCACCUUCUACUCUAAUCCAUCUCUGCCGGUUCCUUGUGUUUCCUUGCUUUUUAGAAAGUCAAGUGUUCACGAUGGUUAGGGAAUCAUUCCCAAGACCUGCCUGAUGGGUAGCCAGCCACACACCUGGGAGUGGGGAGCACCACUGUUUUCGAUGCCUAUCUCAGGAGAAAUGAAAAGACUCCCCAUUUUUUAAAAGGGAAGAGGUGCUUCCACAUCUUUUGUGGUGCCUGCUGUACCAGCCAUGACUUCUUCAAGCAUGCUGGCAAGAAACAUUGGCAAGAAACAUUGUCUAGAUGAAAGGCAUACAGCAGCCGAUCCUGAUCUGGAAAACACAUCUGCACACAUGUGGACAAUGCAAGAUAUGAGCUUGCCAUUCUAUUCCAGCAGAGGAGGUAGGCAGAAUCCCCCAAGUCUAUUUUCCUGAGAAAGGAGGAGGAGGUGGGGUUGACACCCCCCUCCACCCCACUUUAGUGAGAAAGGGGAAGGUUCAGUUCUAGAGCUUCUUGGGGGACUAUUCUUUGCAAGUAAAAAAAAGUGGCAUCUCUAGCUAGGUCUUCCAGGGCCAGGUUGUCUCAGUACACGUGGGCCACUGGUUACUUUUCCAGGCAUUUUGGCAGGAAUAGGUCAACCAGGCUCCAACACUGCUUAGGAGACCCUGACCCCUUAGUAGGAUCUGGGCUUUGAUUUCUUCGAACCUGCUCAGUUAAAGGGGUGAGGGGAUGAUUCAAAAGCCCAGGACCAUGGGGGACAUCACAGAAACAGACGAACAGCUAUGUUUGCUCUUAAUGUGCUAACACAAGACCUAUUCUCUGUAGCCACUGAUUUUACUGGGCUCUCUGAAAAUCUAGUGGUAAGCACACACACACAGGACUGAAAAACGACCCCUCUUUCAAUGUAAUAAUUGAAUGAAGUGUUCAACUUUUCAUUAUCUUUAUUAUAACAAACCUGAUGCUUUUUUUUUUAGAACUUGUUAC